GCAUGUUAGCCUGUCACAGCAGGUCCAGCAGCCGGCACCCGAGAUGAAGACAAGACUCUAGAGUGUAUCUCUAUGUGCUCAUUUUUUGCCAAGCCGUACCCGUGAAGGUAGACGGGUUAGUGUAUCAUUCUGGUUUGUGCGUGGCCUUGCUGAGGCACCAAGUGCACAAACACCGUCACCCCUUUUGCGGAUCAGAGCUGGCAUUGAGGCUGGCAAUCACGCAGAGGUUACAGCCGGUGUGAAAGAGGCGGAUCAGCAAGGUGUUGCGUUGGCUCCGAAUGUCAGAGAGAUGAUCUCUCAGUGGCUAGCAGUAAACGCACCCAAGAAGCCUGAGAAGCCUGCACCUCCUCCAGAGCCAGCUCCUCCAGGACCUGAAAGUCCCAAAGAACCUGAAGCUGUCACCACAUCGGAGAAGCUUCGCAAUGCACUUCUCAGGCUUUUUGAGCUGGCUCCAAAAGAUAGCGAUGCGGCAGCUGGAUUGGGGAUAUUCGAAGGCGAAGACGGGCAAAGGUACCUUCCCCUUCCUGUGCUUGGGCGAGCUGUCGGAAUUACGGGCGAGGACUUCGAAGUGGCAAUGAAAGCUUGGACAGUUGUCAAUGAGACACCAGCUGGGACAUUCACCCUCACGGAGGAUGCCAGGGCAGUUGGCCUGGUAGAGUGGGCUGGCUGGGAGGAGUUCUCAAGUUCCUUGGAUGUGAUCGUAAAGGGCACACGGGAUCCAGCAUUCGAGCCCAGGUCCAUCCAGGGGCAUGUUGCAAGAGCUGCAAGAGGUGCGGUGCGUUCUGGGCCCUUACGUCAAGCUGACGUGCUCCGCCGUCUUCAGGAGCUGUCCUCCGAAAAUUUGCCUGAGGACGCGGCUCCUGCUUUGAAGAGUGCCAUUCAACGCAGAGCACGGCUUGCUCUUGCGUGCUUAGUAGAUGCAAUUGCAUCUCAGGGUCUCGGCCCACAGGCUGGCUUAGAUUCCAUGGGUCUCGUUGGGCAGCUACCGAGGACUCUCUUUGGAAUCAUCUUUGACGACAUCGAUGAUCGAGAUCGUGGAGCUUGUGCGUUCCUGGGCGAGGUGCUUCAAUCUUGGGAUCGUCGGCGUUGCUUCUCCAAGCGCUGGCUCCAGGAUGCAGCCGGAAAGUUUUCAAUGCCAAAGGGUCCAAACACAGAGCGAGAUGAACGCCGUGGGUGGUAUGCCCUGACUUCAGAGAAUUUACACAAGAAGCCUGCUGAAGAGGAGUCUGGAGCUUUCAAGAGCGCCGAGGCGUUCUUGAG